GAGCGUGUAAGUAGUAAGUACCUAUGUUACAAUAUAGACAUCAUUAUUUUGUCAUUGUUUCUUUUUCAAAAUUAACAUACUGACGGUCGAAUGAUGAAUUUAACCACUAUAUCAACAAAGUUAAUAACAAUUAAUCGAAUAUCUCAAUGUUUUUCGUGUAUACCAAACAUUAAAUAUGCCUCGGAACGAAAUGAACAAUUUCCAUCACAUACUUGUGGGAAUUAAUUGAUAUUCCAUUCUAAAUAAAAACUAAAUUUAAUAAUAAUAUUAUUUAAGAUAUAACAAUUUCACUGUUAUUGCACAACGUCACAGCGUAAAUGUACACACACGCCACCGUUGCCGACCACGACACAGCUUUAUUGCAGCAGACGUAGGAGUAAUGGAGGUCAUAAAUAUGUGUGUGUGUGUGUCGCUAUGUAAUAAAAGGUACUGGACUCGCGAACGUUAUACUUCUAAUAACUAAUUAAAUAAUAAAUUGUUUGGGCGUUUCUCUUCUGAUGAUUCAUCUGCACACCGAGUACUUGCGUUGGAAAAAGAAAUCAUGAAAAUCGGUCCUGUAGAACUUCAGAUAUUAUAACUGUCAUAAGAAAUCGGCUCACAUUUUAAAAAUAUAAUGUAAAGAAUAAAUAAUAUGUUAUGAUUUGUGUCACUACCUGUGCCGCUACAAUAGUUCACUAGCCUGCUGAUAAAUUAUAAUAAUAUCAUCAAGUACAUUCAGAGUAUUUAAUUGGAUAAUUAUUAGUAGUUACUAAUUAGUAAUAAUUAGUCAUAAAUUAUUUAUAGUAUAGUGUUGUAGCAGUUGUAGUGAACCGUAAACAGUGCAAACUCAAUAUUGAUAAAGAGUGAUAAGCACUUCUUCGAAAAAUGAUAAGGGACGUUUACGAACAAAACAAYAUUAUUUACAGAAUCGAGUAAUCGACUUUCAUCGGCACUCGGCAGAAAUUUUUGUUCUGAUAAUAUGGACAUGCCACUUCUUGGCUAAUGGCCAUAGUUUUUCGUUGUAUACUAUUUUACUUUUAAUGAUAUCGCCGUUGUUAUGGUUUUCGUCGUUAUCAUCGACUUUUAGAAUAAACAAACUCAAACACUUAAUACAAUUUCAAUUUGAUCGUCAAUAUUGGCACAGCUUACUUUAAACGUAAUACAUAACAAUUGUUGAAAUUUGUGUACAGCAAUUCACUGCAAUUUUUUUUAUCGCCCCCGGCAACUGGUCUCGAUGUGAGACGCACGCGCCGUUCCAUCAGCGUUUUAAACUGUUUCGCUGUACACCGUAAUGACGUGGUGCUGUCGUUAUUAUUACUGUUGUAGUAAAUUAUUACUGUCGUGUAAUAAAUUUGUUGGUCGCUGUUCCCUACAUUCAACGCCCUCGCCACUUCGACUGCAAAGUUCGUCGUCGGUUUAUUUUUCUCAGUGUGCGYCAACACCACAGCCAGUAUCAGUGGUGAAACACAACGAGUACUGGCACAUAAGACCUUAGUCCUCAAAUCUGUGUGUCUACAGUUGUGUCAAUGAUGUACGGAUAUGACUUUGAGUAUGCGCUACGUGUUUCCGCUUCAGCAAGCACGUGCGUCCAGUUCUUGUCUGGAUUUUUGAUAUGUACUAAUUUUAUGAAGAAGGGUAAAGUUUUGAACGAGUCUGUUGUACCAUUUGUCACUGGAUUUCUGUCGUGUUCACUCUGGCUAUAUUAUGGCAUGAUAUUGGCCAACAGCACAUUAGUGUCGGUGAAUACUUUUGGCUGUUUACUAUUUUUGAUAUACACAUGGAUAUACUAUAGAUACACGUCCAAAAAAAAACGAGUUAUACAAUAUGUAAUAUCAGCUAUUGCCAUCAUUGCGUGGAUUGUGUAUAUUACUUACACAAAUGUAAAUCGAAAGCAGUCAAAAACUGUGUUAUCUGCAGAAUUGUAUCAACAUCAAACAGUAGAUGUGGCAGCAGUAACACCUUUAGAUAUAUCAGAUACAUCAAUCAUCUCCACGACCACUAAUGAUGCUGUUGACCGUGUUGGACUUUUAUGUUCUCUAACUACUAUGUUGUUUUUUGCAGCACCAUUUUCAAAUUUAAUUCAUGUGAUAAGAACUAAAAAUACAGAGUCAAUGCCACUGCCGUUGAUUGUAAUGACAUUCCUUGUUUCUGCUCAGUGGUUGGUUUAUGGUCGAAUGUUACGUGACAAGUUUAUUAUGUACCCAAAUGCUAUUGGGUGUAUGCUUUCUGUCAUACAACUAGCUUUAUUUGUUAUCUAUCCUAGAAGGUCUGCUGCACCAUUGACCUCCGAGCUCCAUAAUCAUCACCACCCAUAUCCUUAUAUUAAAUUAAUGGAUGCAUAAAUAAGUAUUUUAUUAUUACCUUACCAACAUUUAUAAGUCUUAUGGGUAGUUUAUAUUGUUGCAGUCUUCAUGGCAGUAGCGUUUUAUCAGAAAAGUACAAACCACUAAAAUCUAAAACUAUUAAAAAGAUAAUAAUUAUUGUUAUUAUAUUUUUAUUAUUAU